GGAAAGAGAAACCAUCUGUUUAAUACCAGUCUCGGCUUUUCUUACAUUGCCCGUAAAUCAGCUUGAACAUAGGCAUACUUGUGGAUAGUCAUAGGCUAAAUGGAAAGAAUGAGCACAGAGCUGUACAAAGCAGCCGUGUCGGGCGAAGUUGCAGCACUGGAGGAGAUGAUGCAGACGCGGAAUAUUAACAUUCUCGCACUGGUUUCCCACAUAGGAGACACUGUUUUACAUAUAUCUGCCUGUCAUGGUCGUACGGACUUCAUAAAAAGGCUUCUUCGAUACGUCAGAGCGCAAUCAGAUGAAGAAGCAAACCAAGAGCAUAGUUUCCUGAGAGCUCAAAAUGAAGAGGGGAACAGCGCGUUGCACAAGGCUGUGAAAGGAGGAGAUGAUGACCAAAUCGUGAAAAUGUUAAUUGAAUAUGAUGCAGAGCUCGUAGGCAUUCGCAACAACAAAGGCGAGUCUCCCCUCUUCAUAGCAUCCGCAUAUGGCCGUUGCAAUGCACUCGAAAUGUUGUUUCCAAAGACAGAUUCUCAUUGCUACGCAAGAUUUGACGGCCAGACAUGUUUGCACCACGCCUUGUUCUAUAAGAAAGAAGAGGUAGCUAAGACACUGAUAAACAAAGCCCCUCAACUCUGCAAACUAGCGGAUUACUUUUUGGGGAGGACACCACUGCAUAUUGCAGCCUUACAUGGGUGUAGGAAGAGCAUUGUUCGUAAGCUGUUGCAUUGUGAUACUUCUGCUUCGUUUACAAAGGAUAAAAUCAAAAAACAGACUGCACUUCACUUAGCAGCACAACAUGGACAUACGGAUGUUGUGAGAUGCAUACUCAACUUUGCACAAGACUGUGGUGAUAUAAGAGAUGAAGACGGUAAAACUGCUCUACACUAUGCCGUUGAAAAUGCUAAAGUGGGUGUUGUAAGAUAUUUGGUGCGUUUCGGUAGGAUAAUUAAUAUAGCUGACAACAAUGGAUACACUGCCCUAGACAUAGCAAAUCAAAACUUCGAAGAAGAACCAUUGUCUCCCUACUUUGCAAUUUGGUGGUUCCUGAGCAGAAAGAAUGGGAUCGCAGGAGUGGAGGCGGCAAACCGGACAAGAGGAACGUCGAAUCCAUUCCCAAGUGAUAAAAAGUAUACGACAAAAAUCAACAGUCUUUCUGUAUGUGCCAUAUUGAUUGCAACGGUCACAUUUCAGGCGGCCUUCACCCUGCCAGCCCAUGAUCACAAGGAUAAAAGGGGUCUGUCCGCCGAUAUUUCUUUCCAAAGUUUUGUAAUCUUCGAUUGGCUGGCAUUUUGCUUUUCAAUGGCAGCAGCAAUCCUUCUAGCCUACGCAACCUUUUUCCGUCGCUAUCGGAGUUUGGCGGUUGGUGGAAGCGCAGCUAUCUUAUCAAUGGCCCUCUACAGCAUGAUGAUUUCAUUUUCCUUGGCCAUAUUUCUACAGCUGAGGAAAGAGUAUUAUAAGUUGGCAGUAUUCUUCUUUUGUGCAAUGUUUUUGUUGGCCCCCAUUGUCAUUAGUGUCAUACUUGCGGUGUUGCAUAAUGCCAUCGGUUUCCGAGUCUCCGAGUUCAUCCGACUAGGGCUUUGAGAAUAAUACGUUUCUUCUGUAGAUGUUCCAGUGGUCUGAAUGCAAAUUGAUCGUGAAUUUUUAUUUUU